CUCCCCUCGACCUAUCAGGCCAAUUCACUUACUUUUCUCUUUCUCACAAGAGCUACAGUGCAGUUUUUCCAUUCAGGAGAGCAAAUAUCCCGUGACAAUAACGGACUCCUCCAGGCAUUCCGACGCAUCUGAGCCUGGAGUGCUCUUGGAUCAAGCUCAAAAUAGUGUCUGAAGAGCUCACUGGAAAGGAAGAGUUUUAUUAAGGGUGAGGCACAUUUACCGGCGCUUCAGGAGUCGCACAGCAGGGGCCAAUGGGAGUGUGGAAGCUGGCCAACGUGGUGCUAUGGUGGGCCGCAGUCCAUUCGGUGCAAGGGCAAGGAGAUGGAGACAUCCAGGCCAGCCGAUUCACUGGAAAACCUGAGGGGGAGGUGCAGCAGAGGGUCCGGCGAAGGGGCCAGGAGUCCCUCAGGGGGCCCAACGUAUGCGGUUCCCGCUUCCACUCCUAUUGUUGUCCAGGAUGGAAAACGCUUCCUGGAGGGAACCAGUGUAUAGUUCCAAUCUGUAGGAACUCCUGUGGUGAUGGCUUUUGCUCGAGGCCCAACAUGUGUACCUGUUCGAGUGGUCAUCUUGCCCCUAGCUGUGGUGCGGCUGCUGUCCAGUCCUGCAGCGUCAGAUGUAUGAAUGGUGGGAUGUGUAAUGAAGACGCCUGCUCCUGUCAGAAGGGAUACACAGGAACUCACUGUGGACAACCGGUGUGCGAGAGCGGAUGUCAGAACGGCGGCCGCUGCAUCGGACCCAACAGAUGUGCCUGCGUUUACGGUUUCACCGGGCCGCAGUGCGAGAGAGACUACCGGACUGGACCGUGCUUCACUCAGGUCAACAAUCAGAUGUGCCAGGGUCAGCUGAGUGGCAUCGUGUGCACCAAAACGCUCUGCUGCGCCACCAUUGGCCGAGCGUGGGGUCACCCGUGUGAGAUGUGCCCUGCCCAACCACACCCCUGCCGGAGAGGAUUCAUUCCCAACAUCCGCACCGGUGCAUGCCAAGACGUGGACGAAUGCCAGGCCGUCCCGGGACUGUGUGCUGGAGGAAACUGCAUCAACACUGUGGGCUCUUAUGAGUGCAAAUGCCCCGCGGGUCACCGACAGAGUGAGACCAACCAGAAGUGUGAAGACAUCGAUGAAUGUGCAACCAUAUCUGGAGUGUGUGACGGGGGAGAGUGUACAAACACCGCCGGCAGCUACGUGUGCACCUGCCCACGAGGAUACAUCACCAGCACAGACGGCUCCAGAUGUGUUGAUCAUCGGAUCGGGACGUGCUUCUCGUCUUUGGCGAACGGCCGCUGUGCGAGUGAACUGUCUGGUCAGUACACCAAGAUGCAGUGCUGCUGCGACACAGGCCGCUGCUGGGCCCUCGGACACAUACCUGAGAUGUGCCCCGUCAGAGGAUCCGAUGAAUACCGGCGUCUGUGCAUCCAGAGGCUCCCGUUCGGCACCGGUAACGGCGGCAUCAUUCAUGACGGUAACGGCGGUCUGAACAUCGGCGGAUAUGGAAAAGGGCCUUCGCAGAACGGAAACGGCGGGGGGGGAUACAUUUAUGGCAGCGAACACACCUUCACUAACGGCAACGGAAAUGGAGGACAGAAGAUCCAGAUCAGUCAGCUAAAUGAGACCACGAUCGACGUCUGCAAACACUUCACAAAUCUGUGUCUGAACGGCCGCUGCAUCCCAACACCGACGAGUUACCGCUGCGAAUGCAACAUGGGCUACAGACAAGACGUGCGCGGAGAGUGUAUCGAUGUGGACGAGUGCGUCAGUAACCCGUGUGUGAACGGAGACUGUGUCAACACUCAGGGGUCGUAUCACUGCAAAUGUCACGAGGGUUAUCAGGGAACGCCCACCAAACAGGCCUGCAUCGACAUCGACGAGUGUAUUGUGAACGGCGUUAUGUGUCGUAACGGACGCUGCGUGAACACAGAUGGAAGUUUCCAGUGCAUCUGCAAUGCUGGCUUCGAGAUCAGCCCUGAUGGGAAAAACUGCAUCGAUCAUGAUGAAUGUGCCACUACCAACAUGUGCCUCAAUGGAAUGUGCAUAAACGAAGACGGCAGCUUCAAGUGCAUCUGCAAGCCUGGGUUUGCAUUGGCGCCCAAUGGACGCUACUGUACUGACAUUGAUGAAUGCCACACCUCCGGCAUCUGUAUGAACGGCCGCUGCGUGAACACUGAGGGCUCUUUCCGCUGUGAGUGUCCUCCAGGUCUAGCCAUCGAUGUGGACGGACGCGUCUGCGUGGACACCCACAUGCGCACCACCUGCUACGGUGCAAUAAAAAUGGGCGUAUGUUCACGACCUUUCCCUGGCGCAGUCACAAAGUCCGAAUGCUGCUGCGCCAACCCUGAACAUGGUUUCGGAGAGCCUUGCCAACCCUGCCCAGCGUUCAACUCCGCCGAGUUCCAGGCGGUGUGCAGCAGUGGACCUGGGAUCACUACAGACGGACGAGAUAUAAACGAAUGCGCUUUGGAUCCAGACAUAUGUCAAAAUGGGAUUUGCGAGAAUUUGCGCGGGAGCUACCGUUGCAUCUGUAAUAUCGGUUAUGAGUCUGAUGCUAGUGGGAAGAACUGCGUGGACAUUAAUGAGUGUUUGGUGAACCGCUUGUUGUGUGACAACGGCAUGUGUAGAAACACACCUGGAAGCUACACCUGUUCCUGCCCCAAAGGAUUCUCCUUCAAGGCCGACUCUGAGACUUGCGAAGACAUCAACGAGUGCGACUCCAACCCCUGCAUCAAUGGCAUUUGCCGCAACAUAGCUGGUUCCUUCAACUGCGAAUGUUCGCACGGCAGCAAGCUGGACUCCACAAACACCGUCUGCGUAGACAGCAUGAAGGGGACCUGCUGGCUGAAUAUCCAGGACGGCCGCUGCGAGGUGAAUAUAAACGGGGCCACGCUGAAGUCUGAGUGCUGCUCCACGCUCGGGGCCGCCUGGGGAAGCCCAUGUGAACGCUGCGAAAUCGAUCCAGCCUGUUCUAAAGGGUUUGGUCGCAUGAAGGGACUUGUAUGUGAAGAUAUCAAUGAGUGUGAGGUGUUUCCGGGUGUCUGUACAAACGGCCGUUGUGUGAACACUCAGGGCUCUUUCAGAUGUGAGUGUCCUGAGGGACUUACACUGGAUGGAGCCGGACGAACAUGUGUUGACGUGCGCAGUGAGCAGUGUUAUAUGAAGUGGGAUGAGGACGAAUGUGUGGAGCCUUUGCCGGGCCGCUAUCGUGUGGACAUGUGCUGUUGUACAGUGGGUGCAGCGUGGGGUGUGGACUGUGAGGCCUGUCCAAAACCAAACACUAAUGAAUUCAAGACUAUCUGCCCUCGAGGACCCGGAAUCGCCAAUCGCGGAGACAUUCUGACUGGGAGACCCUUCUACAAAGAUGUGAAUGAGUGUAAGGUGUUUAGGGGGCUCUGCACUCACGGCACGUGUCGAAACACUAUCGGCAGCUUCAAGUGUCGCUGUGAUAGUGGUUUCGCCCUGACAAUGGAGGAGAGGAACUGCACAGAUAUCGACGAAUGUACGAUCUCUCCGGACCUGUGUGGUCAUGGUGUGUGUGUGAACACACCAGGCAGCUUCGAGUGCGAGUGUUUCGACGGCUACGAGAGCGGCUUUAUGAUGAUGAAAAACUGCAUGGACAUUGACGAGUGCGAGCGUGACCCACUGCUGUGCCGUGGAGGGACGUGUCUGAACACUGAGGGCAGCUACGAGUGCGACUGUCCUCCAGGACACCAGCUCAGUACUGAGGCCUCUGCUUGUGAAGAUGUGAACGAGUGUCAGCUGAGUGACAAUCUGUGUAAACACGGUCAGUGUGUGAACAUGGUGGGAACAUACCAGUGCUCAUGUGAAACGGGAUACCAGGUGACGCCCGACAGACAGGGCUGUGUGGAUAUCGACGAGUGCACCAUCAUGAACGGCGGCUGCGACACACACUGCACAAACUCGGAGGGAAGCUACGAAUGCAGCUGCAGCGAAGGAUACGCGCUCAUGCCUGACCUCAGGACCUGCGCUGACAUCGACGAGUGUGAAGACACACCAGAUAUCUGCGACGGCGGCCAGUGCACGAACAUCCCCGGAGAAUACCGCUGUCUGUGCUAUGAUGGUUUCAUGGCCUCUAUGGACAUGAGGACAUGCAUCGACGUCAAUGAAUGUGACCUGAACCCUAAUAUCUGCCUGCACGGUGACUGUGAAAACACUAAAGGAUCCUUCAUUUGUCACUGUCAGCUCGGAUAUUUCGUCAAAAAGGGCUCAACUGGAUGUACAGAUGUGGACGAGUGUGAAAUCGGGGCUCAUAACUGUGAUCUGCAUGCGGCGUGUGUGAACGCUCCCGGCAGCUUCAAGUGCCGAUGCCGCGACGGCUGGGAGGGAGACGGCAUCAAGUGUAUCGAUGUUGACGAGUGUGUGACAGAGGAGCACAACUGUAACCCGAACGCUGAGUGUUUGAACACACCAGGCUCGUACCGCUGCUCCUGUAAAGAAGGAUUCAAUGGAGAUGGAUUCUCCUGCUCUGACAUGGACGAGUGUGCGGAUAAUGUGAAUCUGUGUGAGAACGGUCAGUGUUUAAACGCUCCGGGUGGAUACCGCUGCGAGUGUGAGAUGGGCUUCACUCCAACAGAGGACAGCAAAGCCUGCCAGGACAUUGACGAGUGCAACUUCCAGAACAUCUGUGUGUUUGGAUCGUGUCAGAAUCUGCCAGGAAUGUUCCGCUGUGUGUGUGAUUAUGGAUAUGAGCUGGACCGCAGCGGAGGAAACUGCACAGACAUCAACGAGUGUUUCGACCCGGUGAACUGCAUCAACGGUGUGUGUGUGAAUCUGCCCGGCAGCUACCUGUGCAACUGUCCUCCAGAUUUUGAGCUGAACCCGUCUGGUGUGGGCUGUGUGGACACGCGUGUGGGCAACUGUUUCCUGGAUACGUUGGACCGUGGCGAUGGCGGGAUCUCCUGCAGUGCUGAGAUCGGAGUGGGCGUGACCCGCGCAUCCUGCUGCUGCUCGCUGGGCGGAGCCUGGGGAAACCCCUGUGAACUCUGCCCAUCCGUCAACUCCACCGAGUAUAAGACUCUGUGUCCCGGUGGAGAAGGCUUCAGGCCGAACCCCAUCACCGUCAUCCUGGAGGACAUUGACGAGUGUCAGGAGCUGCCGGGUCUCUGUCAGGGUGGAAACUGUGUGAACACGUUCGGCAGUUUCCAGUGUGAGUGUCCCGCCGGAUACUAUCUCAACGAGGAGACGCGCAUCUGCGAAGAUAUUGAUGAAUGUACUGCUCACAUUGGCAUCUGUGGUCCGGGCACCUGCUACAACACACUGGGCAACUACACCUGCGUCUGUCCUCCAGAAUACAUGCAGGUCAAUGGAGGAAACAACUGCAUGGACAUGAGGAAGAGUGUGUGUUACCGUAACUUCAACGACACCUGUGAAAACGAGCUCUCCUUCAACAUGACCAAAAAGAUGUGCUGCUGCGCCUACAACGUGGGUAAAGCCUGGAACCGGCCCUGCGAGGCCUGUCCUACCCCCGCCACCUCCGAAUACCAGCUUUUGUGUGGUAAUCAGGCUCCUGGUUUCAUCAUCGACAUCCACACUGGAAAACCCAUCGACAUCGACGAGUGUCGCGAGAUCCCAGGCAUCUGCGCUAACGGCGUCUGCAUCAACCAGAUCGGCAGUUUCCGCUGCGAGUGUCCCAUGGGCUUCAGCUACAACAACAUCCUGCUCAUCUGCGAAGAUAUUGACGAGUGUAAUAGCGGAGACAACCUGUGCCAGCGCAACGCUAACUGCAUCAACAUCCCCGGAAGCUACCGAUGCGAGUGUUCAGCCGGGUUCAAGCUAUCGCCAAGCGGAGCCUGCAUAGAUCGUAACGAGUGUCAGGAGAUCCCGAACGUCUGCAGUCACGGCGAGUGCAUCGACACACAGGGCAGUUUCCGAUGUCUGUGCCACAACGGCUUCAAAACUACGCCGGACCAGACCAUGUGUAUGGAUAUCGAUGAAUGUGACAGACAGCCGUGUGGAAACGGGACGUGUAAGAACACAGUGGGCUCCUACAACUGUCUGUGCUUCCCCGGGUUCGAGCUCACACAUAAUAAUGACUGCAUGGAUAUUGACGAGUGCAGCGUUCAUGCUAGUCAGGUGUGCAGGAACGGUCAGUGCAUCAACAACAUGGGCUCCUUCAAGUGUUUGUGUCUGGACGGGUAUAACCUGACGCCGGACGGCAAAAACUGCGUCGAUAUCAAUGAGUGUGUAACGCUGCCGGGCGCCUGUCAGCCGGGAACCUGUCAGAAUCUGGACGGCUCAUUUCGCUGCAUCUGUCCGCCUGGGUACGAAGUGCAGAACGACAAGUGUGUCGAUAUCAAUGAAUGCAACGUGGAGCCAAAUAUCUGUCAGUUCGGCACGUGCAAAAAUACACCGGGAAGCUUCCAAUGCAUCUGUCAACCUGGAUUCGUCCUAUCAGACAAUGGCCGACGCUGUUUUGACACACGUGAGAGCUUCUGUUUCACACGCUUUGAAGCGGGUAAAUGUUCAGUGCCCAAACCACGCAACACAACUAAAGCAAAGUGCUGCUGCAGUCUGCUGCCAGGUGAGGGAUGGGGCGACCCCUGCGAACUCUGCCCACGAGAUACAGAAGAAGCUGCGUUUCACACGUUGUGUCCCUACGGUCAUGAGGCCGUCCCUAAACCCGAAGGACGUGAGGACAUGAACGAGUGUGUAGAAAACCCAGAAAUCUGCGGGAACGGUCUGUGCAUUAACACUGAUGGUUCGUUCCGCUGCGAGUGUCCAUUCGGAUAUAACCUCGACUACACAGGCGUCAACUGUGUGGACACUGACGAAUGCUCCAUUGGAAACCCUUGCGGAAAUGGCACAUGCUCAAACGUUCCUGGAGGUUUCGAGUGCUCCUGUCAGGAGGGAUUUGAACCCGGACCCAUGAUGACCUGUGAAGACAUCAACGAGUGUGCGGUGAAUCCUCUUCUCUGCGCUUUCCGCUGCGUCAACACCUUCGGCUCAUACGAGUGCAUGUGUCCAACAGGAUAUGUGCUGCGUGACGACAACCGCAUGUGCAGAGACCAGGACGAGUGCGCUGAAGGUCUGGAUGAUUGCGCGUCCAGAGGAAUGGCCUGCAAAAACCAGAUUGGCACCUUUAUGUGCAUCUGUCCACCCGGCAUGACACGACGCCCUGAUGGAGAGGGAUGCAUGGAUCUGAACGAGUGCCGCAGUAAACCAGGAAUCUGCAAGAAUGGGCGCUGUGUGAAUACGGUGGGCAGUUACCGCUGCGAGUGCAACGAGGGCUUCGAAGCCAGCGCAACAGGCACAGAGUGCAUCGAUAACCGUAAGGGCUUCUGCUUCACGGAGGUCCUGCAGACAAUGUGCCAGCAGUCGUCCACCAACAGAAACACCGUCACCAAGUCUGAGUGCUGCUGUAACGGAGGCCGCGGCUGGGGCUCGCUCUGUGAACUCUGUCCUCUGCCUGGAACCAUCCAGUACAAGAAGAUGUGUCCGCUCGGCCCCGGAUACACCACUGACGGCAGAGAUAUCAACGAGUGUGAGGUGAUGCCCAACCUGUGUAAGAAUGGCCAGUGCAUCAACAGUGUGGGCUCUUUCCGCUGCCACUGCAAUGUUGGGUACACCAAUGACUUCACCGGCACCUCCUGCAUUGAUAUGGACGAAUGCUCUCAGUCGCCCAAACCGUGUAACUUCCUGUGCAAGAACACUGAAGGCAGCUACCUGUGCUCCUGUCCCAGAGGAUACAUCCUACAGCCGGAUGGCAAGACCUGCAAAGAUUUGGACGAGUGCUCAACCAAGCAGCACAACUGUCAGUUCCUGUGCGUCAACACGAUCGGUGGUUUCACCUGUAAAUGCCCCUCGGGCUUCACACAGCACCAGACGGCCUGCAUAGACAACAACGAAUGCAGCAAUCAGCCGAACAUAUGCGGGUCCCGUGCCUCCUGCCUCAACAGUCCCGGCAGCUUCAACUGCGAGUGCCAGAAGGGCUUCUCUCUGGAUGCCACGGGACUCAACUGUGAUGACGUCGAUGAAUGCGGUGGAAACCACCGGUGCCAACAUGGCUGCCAAAACAUGAUGGGAGGAUAUCGCUGCGGCUGCCCACAGGGUUACGUUCAACACUACCAAUGGAACCAGUGUGUGGAUGAGAACGAAUGCACUGGAAACCAAGUCUGUGGGUCGGCGUCUUGCUAUAACACUCUGGGCAGCUAUAAAUGCGUGUGCCCGUCAGGUUUCGACUUUGAGGCCACUGCUGGGGGCUGUCAGGACGUUAAUGAAUGCUCCAUGGGUAAUAACCCCUGCAGCUAUGGAUGCUCCAACACAGAUGGCGGAUACUUGUGUGGAUGUCCAGGAGGCUUCUACCGAGCUGGACAAGGGCACUGCAUCAAUGGGGUGGGCUUCCAGGGUCAGUUUGGCUCGGAGGGAGGAGACGAUGAAGAGUCGCUGUCACCUGAGGCCUGCUACGAGUGCAAGAUCAACGGUGACCUGGGAAAGAAAGGCCGUCACAGGCGUAAUGCUGAUGAUAAUGAGCUCAAGGAGACGGUGAGCAUGGCCAGCAUGGACAUCCAGACCUCCAUCCCCAUGAACUUGAGUCUGGCGAAGCUCCUAAACAAGGAACCACUUCUUGAGUUGCUUCCAGCCCUGGAGCCGCUCGAGCACCACGUGCGCUACGUCAUAACGCACGGAAACCAGGGCGAACACUUCCGCAUCCUGGAGCGCCGUGACGGGAAGAGUGUGCUGCGCCUGGGCCGGAGGCCACCAGCUCCAGGUUUGUACCGGCUGGAGAUCGCCAGCCUGCGUCUGUUCGGUCCGCGCAAACUUCAGCAAAUGGAGGACCAGCACGACAGCGACUACUUGCUAGGGGAAAUCGGCGACGCACUGCGCAUCAAGCUGCACAUCCACCUGCACUGAGACUGACCCUUGACCCCUAUGCCCUUCACUGCAGGGCGUUAGCUCUGAGAGACUGUGUCCAUAUACCGUCAAGUUUUUUAUUUUGGGGUUUGUUUUUAUUUGCCGAUCUUUCAUGUCAGCGUUGAUUUCCACCAAAGUUGGGUGGAAUCCAGUGUUUCCCAACUCUGUUCCUAAAGACACACCAACAGUACACAUUUUCAACCUCUCCCUGAUUAAACACACCAGAACCAACUCAUUAGAACAUUAGAAGAGACUCCUAACCCUGAAUGGAUGAAUGGGUCAGAUAAGGGAGACAUCCAAAAUAUGCACUGUUGGUGUGCCUCCAGGAACACGGUUGGGAAACACUGACGUAAAUCAGAGCCUUAAAUUAGCGCACCCACUCGUACUGGAGGGACAAUCAGAUAAUAUUAGAACGAUCUCAUUUUUAACUUUUUGUGAAAUGACAUUUCGGUCUUCAAAUGCACAAAAAACGUUGCAUUGCAGACGAUUAAGAAAGACGUUGCGUUGCAUUGUAGAUGAUUAAGAUAGAUAUGAUCACUCGCCUUGAUAUCUCAAUGCAAACUGGGGUCAAAAUGGUUUAUUCCAUUCAGUAUUUAGAUUCAUUCAUCAAGUAUUGUACUGUUACCGAAAAAGGACUGCAGGAACUACCGCGAUUUUUCAGGUUUAAGAGUUCAAAUCGUAAACGUUUCCUUUUUAUGGGAACUUCUGGAGUGUUUGCAUGAGCUGCCACAUUGUGUUACCUCAUUUCUACUCAUACACACACACAUAUGUACAGCCGAUAGGACAAAAGUGGUGCUAAACGCUCAAUAUUUGCACUGGGCCUCCACUGCGUGUUUAAUCAGGGAAACGUCAUUCCAAAAACGGCAACGGGCAUCCAAAGUGUUUGAAUAUGCAUGCAACGGCGCAUCCAUGAUUCAAAGCAUUUGCUUCCCCAUGCAUGCGUGCUCCAGAGUGUGUUUGACAAAGGCGCGCUUGGCAAACAGAGCACAUGUGAAUGGAGAAUUGGAGGCCUGUUGGGUAAACCAACCAGAGGCCGUUUUUGAUUGCAGCUGGAGACGUGCGGUCUCGAUGGUACAUACGGAUUGUUUGGCGAGCCAUCCUCCAAAAACACUCCAGAUGUGGACAUGCAAACACACAUUUUACAACCUGGGAACGGCAAACCAACCCUCGUUUCUCACAAGUUAACGGUGCUACGAUUCCAACUGUAUUACGAACAAACUUGAUUUGUGCGCUAACGUGACAUUUACAAUAGAUCUCUUGUGUUAUUUUGGUUUUAUUUUAUUUGGUGUGAUUGUCUUUUUUGUACUGUCUCAAUGCUGAAAAAUCAAUACUAUCGAAGCUUGUUGAAAAAUUUAAUUGUAUAUUUUAAAAGUGAAAUGUAGAUUUUUCUUUUGGUUUUGUUUGUAUUUCUUUCUCUUUUUUGUAUUCCUGAGCAUCAAGACUGCCAAACCAAAUAUUUACUUGUAAACGUUAGAUAAAUAGCUUUAAAUCUUUUCCUCUGAUCAAAUCAUCCUUAAUGAACUGUCGCUGAGCAUUGUGACAGACGUCACUGUUUACAAGAGUUCGUCUAUUGACAAUUAAACACAUUAUACUG